AUGGAGGGCACUCUGACUCUAACAGUGCGCCUUGGGAAAUCAGAUACAUACACAGUGAAUGCAUGGUCAUCUGAUACAGUUAAUACUGUCAAGGAGCUAUUGGUAGAAAAAACUUCAUUACAACCAAAUCAAAUGAGACUUGUCUUCGCAGGCAAAGUUUUAAGCGAUGAAAUUACACUUCAAUUCUAUGAAAUUGUCGAUGGGUCAAAAUUAUACCUUGUUCCAGAUAGAAAUGCAAUGAAAACACGGCAAAAUCCCAAGCAAAUGAUAAUUGAGCUUCGCGCUCUCAUAAAGGAGAGUCAAGUAGCUCAUCCUUCGACUCUCAGACGCAUUCUUAGACAAUUAAAAGAGUUGAUUUCAAAUUCAUUAUUACUUUCCUUCGCUUCGAUAUCUUCCGAAGCUUUUGAGGCAAUCGAGGAUGCCCAAUCAGAGAUAGAGAAAAUAGAACGAGUGGUCAAUGAUGAGUCUUCACAAUAUUUAGCUCAAACAGCAGAUUCAACAAUAACUCAGAUAGAAUCAACUUCUGAUGGGUUGAGGACCCUCCAGGCUAUAUAUAACGAUGGUAUGUACGAUAUGGAAAAUCAUGAAGAAUAUAUACCUUUUGAAAUUACAAUCAUUCCUGAUCCAACUGAGGCACCUAGUGAAGAGCCACUUCCAUCGCUCUACAACGAUAGACUGAUAGAUAAUACUUCGACCAUUUCGCAGAUUCCUGAAAAUUAUGAUGAAGACUAUGAUAACAGCAAGUUGUACAAUCGCAAUUUGAUCAGGCAGAAGUAUGCCCAGCAGGUUGCAAUAUUGAAACAAAUGGGUUUUGUUGAUGAACAAUUUAUUCUCCAAGCUUUAGGAGAAUCAAAUGGCAAUAUACAGAUGGCAGUGCAAAUUCUGCAAAAUAAGUCUUAUUUUCCAUAUUAA